GAAUAAUUAAAAAAAACCAGCAAAAAGGAAAUCGAGAAGCGUACACAAUUAACAAAAAUUAGCAGUAAAUCCAAUUAUCAGCCUAAAAGCUACGUCGCAUCUUUCACUCCGUCAUUAUCUGCCGGACUCGUAAAAGAAGAGCAACGGAAGAAAUUAACAGAGGGCCAUCGCGAUUGAGAGAGGGAGAGAGUGGGUGUGUGUGUGGGCGCGCGCGCGUUUUCUAUGCGUGGAAUUUCGUUAAUGUUCUUCAAUCUCUGUGCUUCUGGUUCUAAUGGUUGAUUAAUCAGGAGAUAUAUCUGUUUCAAAUGGAGAUUGUUGCGGGUCGUUGAUUUUGUUGUUCCGAUUCUGAGUAUCUGAUCGGUUUUGUUUCCGGGGAUUUCUUCUUGUCGAAGAGACGUGGAGCAGAAUGAACGGUGCCGGCAGUGCGGAGGCUGCUGCGUUGGCUUCCGUGGGGGUGCCGCUGCAGCCGUUGGAGUGGAAAUUUUCUCAGGUGUUUGGAGAACGUACGGCUGGUGAAGAAGUCCAGGAAGUUGAUAUCAUAUCUGCUAUUGAAUUUGAUAGAACUGGCAACUACCUUGCUACUGGAGAUCGUGGUGGUCGGGUGGUUCUAUUUGAAAGAACUGACACAAGAGAGCAUGAUGGACAACGAAGAGAUCUAGAGCGGAUGGAUAUUUCUAUCAACAGGCAUCCUGAGUUCCGGUACAAAACAGAGUUUCAGAGUCAUGAACCUGAGUUUGAUUAUCUAAGGAGCUUGGAAAUUGAGGAGAAAAUCAACAAAGUUAGAUGGUGCCAGUCAGCUAAUGGUGCCUUGUUUCUUCUGUCGACUAAUGACAAAACCAUCAAGUUUUGGAAGGUCCAAGAGAAGAAGGUCAAGAAAGUAUGUGACAUGAAUGUUGACCCUGAAAAUGCCACAGGAAACGGUCCUAUUCUAGGUUCAAGCAUGCCAACAAGCUCCAACUGCAAACAGUAUACUGCAAAUGGAGGAUCAUUGGAUGGACCUUUUGGUUUUCCAAGCAAUGACUUUUCCUUCUCACCUGGGGGAGUCCCAAAUCUACAUUUGCCUAUGUUGACCUGUCAUGAAACGAGCAUUGUGGCUAGGUGCCGAAGAACAUAUCCUCAUGCCCAUGACUAUCAUAUUAAUUCCAUUUCUAAUAACAGUGAUGGUGAAACUUUUAUAUCAGCUGACGAUCUAAGAAUAAAUCUUUGGAAUUUAGAAAUUUGCAAUCAAAGUUUCAAUAUUGUUGACGUGAAGCCUGCAAACAUGGAAGAUCUGACUGAGGUGAUAACAUCAGCAGAAUUUCACCCAACUCAUUGUAAUAUGUUAGCAUAUAGUAGUUCAAAGGGCUCAAUCCGUUUGAUUGAUAUGCGGCAGUCUGCUCUAUGUGAUAGUCAUAGCAAACUGUUUGAGGAAAAGGAAGUGCCUGGUUCAAAGUCCUUUUUCACUGAAAUAAUUGCCUCAAUCUCAGAUAUUAAGUUUGCCAAGGAUGGAAGGCAUAUACUUAGUCGUGAUUACAUGAAUCUCAAGUUGUGGGACAUAAAUAUGGAUUCGGGGCCAGUUGCUUCAUUCCAGGUUCAUGAAUAUCUGAGGCCUAAGCUUUGCGAUUUAUAUGAAAAUGAUUCCAUCUUUGACAAAUUCGAGUGUUGUCUUAGUGGAGAUGGGCUUCGAACGGCGACUGGUUCUUACAGCAAUCUAUUCCGUGUUUUUGGCUGUUCCGAGGGGAGUACAGAAGCAUCAACAUUGGAAGCCACAAAAAAUCCAAUGAGGAGACAAGUUCAAACCCUGUUGUCAGGCUCUUCCAGAUCUCUGGGCACUCUUUCUCGUGGCUUUAGACGAGGAGCUGACAACACUGGAGUCAAUACAAAUGGGAAUGCUUUUGAUUUCACAGCAAAGUUGUUACAUCUAGCAUGGCAUCCAAGUGACAACUUACUCGCCUGCGCCGCAUCAAACAGCCUUUACAUGUAUUAUGCAUAAAAUGGUCUGGGAAGAUCAUGGACUUUUGCUUCACAAAACUAUGGUUGCUACCUCUGGCAAUGGCUUCCCUGCCUUAUUUCCUAACACAGAUGCAGAAGACACACCCAUCACCAGGGGAUGAUAUUGCUGUUGUUGAAUUAUCAAGGAAGUAUAUAACUUUGGCUCUCAUGCAGGCAGGCAUGCAUGCAUGCAUGCCCCGCUAAUUAUAUUCUUUCACAAGAAAAGAUAGUCUUUCUUAUAUUUCUUCCUGGGUUUAGGUAAAAAUGGAAAUGCAAUCUUAAACAAUGCUUCUAUGUAGUGCUGCAGUGCUGCUGCAAGGUUUGAGACUGAUAGGAUUGUUAAAAUCCAAUCUGGCAAAGGAGCUAGUAGGGGGUGAUCAAUUCUCAUUGAUGAAUUGGUCUUCUACGUUGUACCAUGAGAACUUAGGACUCAAGGCUUGUGAAAAUUUUAUCAUGAUUAUUAUUUCAUAUUCUAACCA